CUUGCAUUCAUCAACAAAUUUCAGCACACCAUGGGAGGAACGACGACCAUCUCAGUUGGCUCCGAUGGAGUGGCUAUCAUCACCAUCCUCAAUCCACCUGUUAAUUCACUCUCUAUUGAUGUGCUAAAUAGCUUAAAAGAAAGUUUCGAUCAAGCCUUACAAAGGGACGACGUGAAGGCAAUCGUUGUUACAGGUGCAAAAGGCAAAUUUUCAGGUGGUUUUGACAUCAAUGCUUUUGGUGGAAUGCAUGACGGCAAAGCAAUGUCAACAGGACCGGCAUCAAAACCUGGUUAUGUAUCAAUUGAGAUUCUGUCUGACACCGUGGAAGCUGCAAGAAAACCGUCUAUUGCUGCUAUAGAUGGGCUUGCAUUAGGUGGAGGAUUGGAGGUUGCAAUGGCUUGCCAUGCUAGAAUAGCUACUUCUACUGCUCAGUUAGGCUUGCCUGAAUUGCAGCUCGGUAUUAUUCCUGGAUUCGGAGGAACUCAACGGCUUCCACGACUUGUUGGUCUCCCAAAGGCCCUUGAAAUGAUGUUGACAUCAAAGCCAGUUCGGGGAGAGGAAGCUCUUAGUUUGGGGCUUGUGGAUGCAAUUGUAUCAGGAGAUCAAUUAGUAGAUACUGCUCGUCGAUGGGCAUUGGAUGUAUUGGAGCGUAGAAAACCAUGGGUGGCAAGUCUUUAUAGAACAGAUAAGUUAGAGCCUCUUGGAGAGGCACGCGAAAUACUAAACUUCGCUAGAGCUCAAGCUCACAGACAAGCCCCAAAUUUGCAACAUCCUCAAGUUUGCAUUGAUGUUAUUGAAGAAGGCAUAGUCUCUGGCCCACGUGCCGGACUAAAGAAGGAAUAUGAUGAAUUCCAAGUUCUUCUAAAGUCGGAUACUUGCAAGAGUUUGGUUCAUAUCUUCUUUGCGCAACGUGGUACUACUAAGGUGCCAGGGGUCACCGACCAGGGUCUGAAGCCAAGACGGAUGAACAAGGUUGCUAUUCUUGGAGGAGGUCUGAUGGGAUCAGGGAUAGCAACAGCUCUACUUCUAAGUGGGUAUCAAGUUUACCUGAAAGAAGUCAAUGAAAAGUUCCUAGAGGGUGGAUUGGGCAGAGUCAAAGCCAAUUUGACAAACAGCGUUAAGAAAGGUAAAUUGAGUCAAGAGAAGUUUGAGAAAACUCUCUCUCGUCUCAAGGGUGUUCUUGACUAUGAAAGCUUUAGGGAUGUUGACAUGGUUAUAGAGGCUGUUAUUGAGAAUGUCCCUUUGAAACAACAAAUAUUUUCGGAUUUGGAAAAAUAUUGCUCUCCACAUUGCAUACUUGCAAGUAACACCUCCACAAUCGACUUGAAUUUGAUUGGUGAGAAGACUAAAUCUCAUGAUAGGAUCAUUGGGGCACACUUUUUUAGCCCUGCUCAUAUUAUGCCGCUUUUGGAGAUUGUUCGUACGGCGAAAACAUCCCCUCAAGUGGUUGUUGACUUGCUGGAUGUGGGGAAGAAGAUAAGGAAAACUCCAGUUGUGGUUGGCAAUUGCACGGGAUUUGCUGUCAAUAGGAUGUUCUUCCCAUAUACCCAAGCGGCUCUUUUGCUGGUAGAACGUGGUGCCGACAUCUAUAGGAUUGAUAGGGCAAUUACAAAAUUCGGAAUGCCAAUGGGGCCUUUCAGAUUGUGUGAUCUUGUCGGUUUUGGUGUUGCAAUCGCCACCGGGUCACAAUUUGUUCGAAACUUUCCGGAAAGAACAUAUGCAUCAAUGCUAAUUCCACUGAUGCAAGAGGAUAAAAGAGCUGGUGAAAUGACUCGAAAAGGCUUCUAUGUAUACAAUGAUAAGCGAAAAGCAAGUCCAGAUCCUGAAAUAAAGAAAUACAUCGAGAAGGCAAGGGAACUGGCUGGCGUUUCUGUUGAUCUUAAGCUUGGGAAAUUGUCGGAUAAGGAGAUAAUAGAGAUGGUGCUGUUUCCUGUUGUGAACGAGGCUUGUCGAGUAUAUGCGGAGGGAAUUGCAGUAAAAGCAGCUGAUUUGGACAUUGCUGGUGUAAUGGGAAUGGGGUUUCCACCAUACAGGGGAGGGAUCAUGUUUUGGGGAGAUUCCAUAGGAUCAAAAUACGUAUGUGGGAGGCUGGAGGAGUGGUCAAAGAUGUAUGGGGACUUCUUCAAGCCCUGUGGGUACUUGGCUGAAAGAGCUGCACUUGGGUCUCCUCUGAGCAUCGGGGGAGCGGAUGAAGCAGAAGCAGAAGCAAAAGCAAAAUCAAAAUCGCGGUUGUGAGCGGUGGUUGUGCUCUUAAGAAUCAGUAAGAAUAAAUAUAAAAUAGACUCUAUUAAGGGUUGGUUACGUAUUAUUGCUUUUGUAAUGCAAGAGAUUGAUUGUUAAGAAAGACAGAGUGGUUCAUCAUUUGUAUUUGUAUUUGUAUUUGUAUUUGUAUUUGUAUUUAUAUUUGUAUUUGUAUUUGUAUUU